CGCUCUCACAUCCCUGUAUUUUCCUUCAAUAGACACGCACCAUAUUCUCAUCACAGCCAGGUUCAAGUGAGGAGCCUAUUCCUUCGAUAUAAAAAACGUCUCCGCAUUCACAACAAAAACGCAGGGACACGACUCUUUUUCACCCUUGAAUAUUAAUAAAAACGACCAUCCUCUCACUAGUAAUAUUCUACGCAACAAGGACAAUAAACGGGUCAUUCCUAGGGCCAUUGAUUUUGAAUGUCCAUGGCCACAGCACCACCCUCAGACAUCCUUUCAAAACUGACUAAUGACCUAAAGUCAAAGAAUGAAGAAGUCAGGCUACAGUCGGCUCAGGCCUUGAAGGAUCAUGUCGUUGUCAUGUCAAGGGAGUUGUCAGGACAGGAUUUGAAAAGAUUCUAUGGAGAAGUCAACAGCAUUAUUUGGACACUCGUACAGAGUGUCGACAAUAAUGAUAAACUUUGUGGCGUCAUGAUCAUUGAUAAGCUGAUUGGCAUUGAAGGCGAGGAGAACACAACGCAGGAAACACGCUUCGCAAACUACUUACGUCAGCUCUUUCCAGCAGAUGUUAAGACAAUGACAGUUGCAGCAAGGGCAUUAGGAAAGCUGGCACAACAAGGAGGGACUUUCACGACAGAGUUUGUAGAGUUUGAAUUGAAAAGAGCGAUCGAAUGGCUUACUGGAGAUCGGCAAGAGGCCCGACGACACGCGAGUGUGCUUGUUCUAGCAGAGUUGGUUCGGCAUGCGGACGUUAUUGUUUAUCCUUUCGUUGCGUCAAUUCUUGAACAUAUCUGGGUUGCAUUCAGAGAUCCCAAUCAAAACAUCCGGGUUGCAGCGGCAGAUGCUUUGAGUGCUGUCCUCGUGAUAAUUGCCGACCGUGAUAGUCCGUAUAAAAGCACUUGGUAUAACAGAAUCAGUGAAGAAGCACAGCGGGGCUUGCGGAUCGCCUCAACGGAAAGCAUCCAUGGUUCAUUACUGAUUUACCGCGAGUUGCUGCUCCAUGCAGGCAUGUUCAUGCAUGAGCGGUAUAAAAGUACAGGCGAAAUUGUCUUUCAGUACAAGGACCAUAGGGAUGGCUUAGUUCGUAGGGCUGUGAUUUCUCUGAUUCCUGAUUUAGCUGCAUACAACCCACAGGAAUUUGCUAACGUAUAUCUUCAUCGAGCCAUGGUGCACAUUCUCAGCCAACUCCGCAAAGAUAAAGAACGCUCAUUGAUGAAAGAAAAAGAUCGAUCAAACGCUUUUCUUGCCAUUGGAAAAAUCGCACUUGUUGCUGGUGCAGACAUGGGAGAAUUUUUGGAUGACAUUUUGAUUUGCAUUAGAGAAGGACUAAGGCUCAAGAGCAAAAACCGUAUCCAGACCGAUACGCCAAUAUUCAGCUGCAUCAGUAUGCUGGCCAACGCUGUCGGACAAGCACUUACAAAACACAUGCAUGAAUUGUUGGAGUUGAUGUUUGCUACUGGACUUAGCGAACCAUUGCGCCAAUCACUCACGGAUCUAUCCAACUGUAUACCCCCCUUACUGCCCAUCAUCCAAGAGCGCUUACUCAACAUGCUUUCCAUGAUUCUGAGUGGACAUAUGUACAAACCAUUGGGAGCACCAAAUGGAGCAAGAACAGGACUCACCAGUUCUCCUGUGAGGCGUGACAUUCAAUCUGCCGAGCCAAAAGAUGUAGACUCCAUCAUUCUCGCUCUUACUACCCUCGGUUCUUUCAACUUUCAAGGACAUAUCCUUAAUGAAUUUGUGCGAGAUUGUUGUAUUCCUUUUUUGGAGGACGACAAUCCAGAUAUUAGGCGCUCUGCUGCUAAAACAUGUUGCCAGCUCUUUGUUCGAGACCCCAUCUGCUUCCAAACCAGUGCACAUGCGGUUCAGGUUGUUGGCGAGGUCCUAGAAAAGCUACUGACUGUGGGCAUUGCAGAUCCGGAUCCUGAGAUCCGACGAACUGUAAUGGAAUCGUUAGAUGAGCGAUUCGAUCGCCAUUUAGCACAGGCAGAAAAUGUGCGCUCGCUCUUCAUUGCAUUGAAUGAUGAGAUUUUUGCCAUUCGAGAGCACGCAAUUACGAUUAUCGGACGCCUGUCUAUGCAUAAUCCCGCCUAUGUCAUGCCUUCCCUUCGGAAGACAUUAAUACAGCUUUUGACAGAAAUUGAGUAUUCGGGCGUGAGCCGAAAUAAGGAGGAGAGCGCACGGUUGCUAGCUCUUUUAGUGAUUUCCUCGCAACGACUUGUGAAACCGUAUGUUGAGUCUAUUAUUAAAGUACUGUUGCCCAAGGCUAAGGAUCAAAGCGCCGGCGUUGUUUCAAGCAUCUUGGCAGCUUUGGGAGAGCUUGCUCGCGUCGGAGGUGAAGAUCUUUUACCCUUCAUGGAUCAGCUUAUGCCGCUUAUCAUCGACACACUACAGGAUCAGAGUUCACCAACCAAGCGUAGUGCUGCACUCAAAACUCUCGGGCAACUGGCAAGUAACACGGGCUAUGUAAUUGAGCCAUACAUCAAAUAUCCGGGCCUGUUGGAUACCCUGAUGAACAUUCUGAAGACGGAACAGUCCGGCAACAUUCGAAAAGAGACUAUCAAACUUCUCGGAAUCCUCGGAGCUUUAGAUCCUUAUCGUCACAAACAAAUGGCAAUUGAGUCUGUGGAUGACAAUCAGGCAGACAAAUCCCAGGGCUCAGACGUCUCGCUUUUAAUGUCAGGGUUGGGGCCAUCAUCUGAAGACUAUUACCCUACAGUUGUUAUCAAUGCGUUGCUCAAAAUUCUGAAGGAUCCAUCUUUGAGUCAACAGUAUCAACCCGCCACUCAGGCCAUCUUGAAUAUUUUCCAAGCUCUGCAGUUGAAAAUGGUGCCAUUUUUGCCACAGAUCAUGCCUGUAUACCUGAGUAUCAUGCAGUCAGGCACGGUGCUUAAUCUGGACUUCUACUUUGAAAAAAUGGGCUUCUUGGUCAUGAUUGUAAAGCUUCAUAUCCGCCCCUACCUCCCCGAUCUUUUGCAGCUUGUCAAGGACAACUGGAAUCACACACCACUGCAAGAGCGUAUAAUUGGGCUAGUUGAGAGCAUAGCCGUGGCUCUUGAUGGAGAAUUCAAAGCAUAUUUGCCCAACUUACUGCAAUCAUUCCUUGCGGUCUUCGACACCGACCUGACGGAGAGGCAUGACGCAUCGAUCAAAGUUUUAGGCGCAUUUGUGAAAUUUGGCUCUAACAUCGAGGAAUACAUGCAUUUGGUGAUCCCAGUUCUAGUCAAGACAUUUGAGAAGCCUGAUGCACCCAUAAAUCUACGUAGAGCCGCCAUCAACACCAUCCGUGAGCUUGCUAAAAAAGUCAAUUUUUCUGACUAUGCGUCCAGGAUUAUUCACCCAUUUGCUCGUAUCUUGGCGUUACCAGGGCCAGAGUUGAGAAUGCCAACUAUGGAUGCGCUCUGUUGUUUGGUCCUUCAACUUGGACAGGAUUAUGUGAACUUUAUUCCCAUGAUCAAGAAGGUCCUAAUCCGUACCAGGAUUAGCCAUGCACAAUACGAUCAUUUGGUCUCACAGCUGCUAAAGCGUGAGCCGCUGCCACUAGAAUUGCCUGGGCUAGGUGAUGAUCGAUAUGUGUCCAUAUCAGAUGUCCCACAGGCAGAGUCUGGUAUUCGCAAACUUCCUGUUAAUCAAGCCUCAUUACGCAGAGCCUGGGACACUCAGCCACGCUCGACCAAAGAUGAUUGGGCAGAUUGGAUUCGACGUCUUUGUUUGGAAAUGCUCAAAGAAACACCUUCUCACGCGCUCAGAGCAUGCGCCGAUAUGGCAAAUUCCUACCAUCCUCUUGCUCGAGAACUAUUCAAUGCUGCAUUUGUGUCUUGUUGGGGAGAGCUACUAGAUCAGUACCAGGAGGAGUUGGCAAGAGCAUUGGUCACAGCACUUGUUGCACCCAACAUUUCACCUGAAAUCAUUCAAAUCCUACUCAACCUCGCCGAGUUCAUGGAGCAUGAUGAUAAACCUCUUCCUAUAGACAUUCGUACUUUAGGAGAGUAUGCAGCAAAGAGUCAUGCGUUUGCCAAGGCACUCCAUUAUAAGGAGCUUGAGUUCUUAACAGAGCCUUCUACCAACGCAAUAGAAGAGUUGAUUGGAAUCAACAAUAAUCUACAGCAGCCUGAUGCAGCUGCUGGUAUCUUGACGCAUGCACAGCUUCAUCAUGACUUUGAGCUCAAGGAGGCUUGGUACGAACGUCUGCAGCGAUGGGAGGAUGCAUUGGCAGCAUAUGAACGCAAGCAACUGGAGAAUCCAAAUGAUCUUACACUCACUAACAAGCGCAUGCGCUGUUUGCAUGCUCUUGGUGAGUGGGACCAGCUGUCUUCUUUGGCACAGGCCAAAUGGGGCAGCGCACCACCUCAAGAUCGCCGUAAAAUGGCAUCAUUUGCCGCUGCAGCUGCUUGGGGUCUGGGUCAAUGGGAGCUUUUGGACGAAUACAUUUCAGCCAUGCAGGAAAACUCUGAUAGAGCCUUUUUCAAAGCUAUUCUAGCACUUCACCGUAAUCAGUUUCAGGAGGCCGAGAAGUACAUUGAUAAGACCCGUAACAUGUUGGAUACUGAACUCACUGCUCUUGUUGGGGAGAGUUAUAACCGAGCGUAUGCAACUGUAGUUCGGGUCCAGAUGAUGGCAGAAUUAGAAGAGAUCAUUGCAUACAAACAAUACCAUGAUCAACCCGACCGUCAGGCUACGAUCCGACGUACGUGGAUGAAGCGGUUGAAGGGUUGUCAGAGAAAUGUAGAGGUGUGGCAAAAGUUGAUUAAGGUCCAUGCGAUCGUGGUGACACCAGCUCAGGAUAUGGAGAUGCGUAUUAAGUUUAUGAACUUGUGUCGCAAAAAUGGUCGACUGAGGUUAGCAGAAAACACCAUGAGUACGCUUAUGGGCCCUGAUACUGCAAACAUGAGCUUCACAGCCAUGACGCAGGUGACACCACCACAGAUUGUCUAUGCUAAGCUUAAGUACAUGUGGGCGACAGGUGUUCGCGAGCAUACCCUGGACUGUUUACGCCAAUUUACGGAGCGAUUGGCAUCCGACCUUGGCCUUGGAACGGUUGAGGAUGCCGGCAUUGCUAUGACAGGAGCUAACCAGCUGAAUGGAAACGUGGUCGACUACUCCAGAUUACUUGCACGCUGCUAUCUGAAGCAGGGAGAGUGGCAGUUUGCUCUUCAAGAUGGCUGGACGCAUGACUCAAUUGAGGACAUUCUGACACCAUAUCUCUAUGCCAAGCAUUUGGACAAAGAUUGGUAUAAGGCGUGGCAUACAUGGGCGCUAGCUAACUUCGAGGUGAUCACGUUUUAUGAGAAGAACCCGCCCCCUAACCAUUCUGGACGCGACCCAUGCCUUCAAUAUGUUAUUCCUUCGAUCAUGGGCUUCUUCAAGUCCAUUGCACUAUCUCAGGGCAAUUCACUUCAAGAUACGCUGCGCUUAUUGACACUCUGGUUCAAGUUUGGUCAUCGCGCGGAGAUCAGUGCGGCACUGAGCGAUGGUUUUUCAACUGUCAGCAUUGAUACCUGGUUACAAGUCAUUCCACAGCUAAUCGCCCGUAUCCACGCGCCUAGCCCCAAUGUACAACGUCUGAUUCACCAGUUGCUGACAGAUGUUGGGAAGGAGCAUCCGCAAGCACUGGUAUAUUCUUUGACGGUUGCUUCGAAGUCACCUAGUGUUGUACGCAAGAAUGCAGCCUUAGCAAUUAUGGAGAAGAUGAGAGUGCAUAGCCCGCUGUUAGUCGAGCAGGCAUUAUUGGUCAGCCAGGAGCUUAUUCGUGUAGCUAUCCUGUGGCAUGAGAUGUGGCACGAAGGUCUAGAAGAGGCGUCUCGUCUGUACUUUGGUGACCGUAACAUCAAUGGAAUGUUGGCGCUACUAGAGCCUCUCCAUAUGAUGCUUCAGAGGGGCCCUGAGACCCAGCGUGAGAUAGCAUUCAACCAAGCGUUUGGUCGAGACCUAAGGGAAGCCCAAGAAUGCUGCAUUCGCUAUGGCCAAACUCAAGAAAUCAAUGACCUUAAUCAAGCAUGGGAUAUCUACUAUCAAGUGUUCCGUCGUAUCGCGAAGCAGCUUCAACAGCUUAGCACUUUGGAUUUACCAUAUGUCUCGCCACAAUUGCAGGGCGCUCAGGAUCUUGAGCUUGCUAUUCCAGGAACUUAUAAGAGUGGUGAACCUAUCAUUAAGAUUUCAUCGUUUGUACCAACGCUCACUGUGAUGACUUCGAAGCAACGUCCUCGUCGCUUGACUGUGAAGGGAAGUGAUGGACGUGAUUAUCAAUAUCUAUUGAAGGGACACGAGGAUCUACGUCAGGAUGAACGUGUCAUGCAGUUGUUUGGACUUGUGAACACACUUCUGUCUAUUGACCCAGAAACAUUCAAGAGGUACUUGGGCAUUCAGCGAUACCCUGUCAUUCCACUCUCGCCCAACUCGGGUCUCAUUGGAUGGUUACCAGAUACAGAUACGCUUCAUACCUUGAUCCGUGAUUAUCGUGAAAGUCGCAAAAUUUUGUUGAACAUUGAGCACCGCAUCAUGUUACAGAUGGCGCCCGAUUAUGAUAACUUGACGUUGAUGCAAAAAGUUGAAGUCUUUGAGUAUGCACUUAACAACACUGGAGGUCAAGAUCUGUACAAGGUCCUGUGGCUCAAGAGCCGGAACUCGGAGGCAUGGCUCGACAGGAGAACAAAUUAUACCCGAUCUUUGGCGGUCAUGUCCAUGGUCGGAUAUAUUCUUGGACUGGGAGAUCGCCACCCGUCCAACUUGAUGCUGGAUCGUAACUCGGGCAAGAUUGUGCACAUUGAUUUUGGUGACUGCUUUGAAGUGGCGAUGCAUCGUGAAAAGUUCCCAGAACAGAUUCCGUUCCGGUUGACACGAAUGUUGACCAACGCUAUGGAGGUCAGUGGUAUUGAGGGUAACUUUAGGAAUACGUGCGAGAAUGUGAUGCGUGUACUACGAGAGAAUAAGGAGAGUUUGAUGGCAGUAUUGGAAGCCUUUGUAUAUGAUCCCUUGAUCAAUUGGAGGAUUUUGACCACAAGCCCUCGUCAACCGAUGGAGAAUGGACAGGGUGGAAAUCAAAAUGCAGCAAAUGAGUCUGUCAUGGACGAGCAGGCACGCAAUAUGAGGAGAGCCCUACCAAGUGAGCGUGAACUCGUGCGAGACAACAUGAAGAUGGAGAACCAGCCUGAACAGUUGAACCAGAGAGCAGUAUCGAUUAUCAAUCGUGUGACCAAUAAGUUGACAGGCAGAGAUUUCAAGCCUGACAAACCCUUGGAUGUACCAUCGCAGGUCGAAAAGUUGAUUCAACAGGCGUCAUCGUACGAAAACCUGUGCCAGUGCUGGAUUGGAUGGUGUGCCUUCUGGUAGAAGACUAUCUCUUAGUUCCUCUUUUUUGUAAUUGUCUGUUCCGUGUCUGUCCAAUUGUAAAUAAGAAAAAUGUUAUUGGUAUUGAAAUCAAUGAAGAAAUUCUUGGGUGUAAUUU